AUGAAGACGUCGUCGCUCCUGUCCGCCGUCUCGGCGAUGUUGGCUCUUGCAAACGCGCAAACGACCGCGACAUCGACCUCCAGCGAAAAAGCCCUUCGAGUUACAUCAUCCGCUAGAGCUUUCUUCAUCUAUGACACCCAUCCGACCGGGAGUCUCGAAGCAUCUGUCGUUGCGUACGAGAGGUCAACGGCAACCUACCAAGUCGUGUGUCCGACAGCUGAUGCGGCGUGCCAAAAGGAGGGCUACUGGCCGGCCAACGUCACCCACAUCGAAGGCUCCAGUUGGGUCGGAAGCAACAAGGCCACGUCCGGCAUCGUGAAAUAUUGGGACUGCCGCCUCGGCGGCGGCGGCGAUGUGCUUUCGGAUCAGUACGGACGGUGCCACGUAUCAACGUCGACCCCAUCACUCAGCACCGGGACUAUGGACGAGGAGUUGCCCGUCAAUACGUGCUUCGUGGAAGCACACUCUGUUGUUGUGGCCAUUACUGCAGGGUUGGACAAGGUCGAGGCGGUUCACCGAAUCCUCACGGAAACCGAGUAUAUUGGGGCUUGGGAAGCUACAGCUCUGAUGUCUAUUCUGAGUUCUCAAUGGGCGACCGGAACGUGUUCUCCCUUCACAAGCCCUGCGCCUUAUACCGGGUCUCUUAUCACUGGGAGGUCAAGUUCGUCGUUGCCUGCGGAGACGGGGGCUGCAACUGGUACGGCAACUGGUACCGGAACGGGCACGGCGGCUGGUACGGCGGCUGGUACGACGACUGGUGCGGCGUCAGGUGCGGCGGCUGGCGUAGCUUCGAAUCUGUUGCUGCUGCUCGGAGCGGCGUUUGUGGGGUGUGUUACUCUUUGGUGA